UGUUUUUAUGCGCAAAAAUCGUACACCAGCAGCGCGCCCAGAGCGUCAACAACCCAGAGAGAUGGUGGGCCUCUACAUCAGGGAGUACACGCGAACGACCAACGGCUGGCUCAACGUCGUCGAAGUCGUUGUCGGGGCUCUCCUGUGGCUCAUGUUCGCAGCCCUGGGCGCGAGCACGUGGAGCGAGCAGCUGCUCUACAGCGCGGCCGUAACCUUCACGACGAACGGGAGCCUCUUCCUGCUCGGCUGCGUCCUCAGCAUACCCACAGCUCUAAUGCUACCCAAGCUGCUAUACUUCACCAUCUACCAUCUCGUUGCCGGUGCGUCCUACCUGUACGGGGGCAUCGGCAGUGUACGCAAUACUUCCUACACAGAUGGCAUCACGGCCAUCGUCUGUGGAUGCUUCCACAUUGCUCACUUCGCGUACACCAUGUACGCGAAGUGAGUGCUACCAGCGCCCGUCUAUACCAUCAGCCAAGCGAAAUUCAAGGGUGCACGUCUGAAACCGCGACCCAGAUUUUUCGUGCCUUCGCGAAAAUGAAUAAAGCACGACAAUGACGUCCCUUUCAAACAU